UUUCCUCCGAGGCUGGCGAUCGGCGGGGCUCCCACCUUCUCCUAGAGCUCUCGGCGCGGCCCCCCUCGUCCCGUGCGCCCUCCGGAUUCCGGGACGCCACCAUGAUGUGGAAACGCUGGCUGGCGCUCGCGCUGGUGGCGGUGGCCUGGGUGCAGGCGGAGGAAGAGCUGAGGAGCAAGUCCAAGAUUUGUGCCAAUGUGUUUUGUGGAGCUGGCCGAGAAUGUGCAGUCACCGAGAAGGGAGAGCCCACCUGCCUCUGCAUUGAGCAAUGCAAACCUCACAAGAGGCCUGUGUGUGGCAGUAAUGGCAAGACCUACCUCAACCAUUGUGAGCUGCACCGAGAUGCCUGCCUCACCGGAUCCAAAAUCCAGGUUGAUUAUGACGGACACUGCAAAGAGAAGAAAUCUGUGAGUCCAUCUGCCAGCCCAGUUGUUUGCUAUCAGGCCAACCGUGAUGAGCUCCGACGUCGCAUCAUCCAGUGGUUGGAAGCAGAGAUCAUUCCAGAUGGCUGGUUCUCUAAAGGCAGCAACUACAGUGAGAUCCUGGACAAGUACUUUAAGAACUUUGAUAAUGGUGAUUCUCGCCUGGACUCCAGCGAAUUUCUGAAAUUUGUGGAGCAGAAUGAAACUGCCAUCAAUAUCACCACCUAUGCUGACCAAGAUAGCAACAAGCUUCUCAGAGGACUCUGUGUCGAUGCUCUCAUUGAACUGUCUGAUGAAAAUGCUGACUGGAAACUCAGCUUCCAAGAAUUCCUCAAGUGCCUCAACCCAUCUUUCAACCCUCCUGAGAAGAAGUGUGCCCUGGAGGAUGAAACGUAUGCAGAUGGAGCUGAGACUGAGGUGGAUUGUAACCGCUGUGUCUGUGCAUGCGGAAACUGGGUCUGCACAGCCAUGACCUGUGACGGAAAAAAUCAGAAGGGAGCCCAGACUCAGGCAGAGGAAGGGAUGACCAGAUACGUCCAGGAACUCCAAAAGCACCAGGAAACAGCAGAAAAGACCAAGAGGAUGAGCACCAAAGAGACCUAAGAAGAGAUGUAUAGGUGUAGCGUCUGGAGCCCAGCGCCAUCUUUUGCACAGCGCCAAGUCCAGUACUCACCAGUGUCUGCCACAUUCGCUACAUCACCAGUAUUUGCUUCCAUAGCAAUGAAUUUUUAUCUUGUUUUAUUUGUUUUGCAAUAAAGGAAAUGGGAGUGGCUGGUUAGGAAGGGAAGGGCCUUGUUUCUAAGAGUGCUUUAAGGGAAACUAAGCAGGGCCCUGGGGCUGGAGGUAAGUAAGGAAACUGCAUGGAUGGGGAGAGGAGCAGACCCAAAUCUGAAGGCUAGCAGCUGUGAUCAGGCUGCAGGAAGAGCAUGCCAUGUCCUAAAGGACUGGGCAGCUGUCCUACAGAAGGGUGGAAAGCUCAGUGGCCAGGAACACAUGUUGCUUUGGAACCUGCCAUCAAUGCUGUUCCCAUGACAGACCUCCAGCAUCUCUGCUUCUCCCAUCCUCCCAACUCCAGCCUCUAGAUACACAGCCCUCCUGCUGGUUACCAUAUCUCUCAGACUUGGAUGGAGUUUGGGGGGGACCUGUGCCCCAAUGAUGCAAAUAUGUACUCCCUCUGAGCCAUUAAGAGACCUAACCAAAUUGUUUAAAUACUCUUUACCAAAGGUGCUAUUUCUCUGUAAAACACUUUUUUUUUUUUUGGUUUGGCAAGCUGACUUCAUUCUUCAAGUAUCAAUCUAUUGUUGUUGUUUUGUAAUAUUUUAUUUUCUUGUCUAGCUAUUAAGCGUUUGUAAUUAUUUUUCAGUAGUCCUUAUCAUUUCAGAGGUGGAAGGCAUUCGGUGUCAUCAGUGGUGUAAGCACCCACAUAAUCCAGCCGCCUCCCCCUCCCAUCGCAUACUAGAUUAGAUGUAGCCCAGAGUUGGCACAUCUACCUGGCUUCCAGCAGGUCAGUUGUGUGCCAAGAGGGACAGGGAGGGGGUGUUUCAGACAGAAGCCAGGGGAAGAAGAAACAUCAUGUAAGGCUUUCAAGAUUCAGAAGUUUGGUUAUUUGUUGUUUUGUUUUUGUUUUCAUUUAUUCUGAGAAUAUCAGGCCAGUCAGCAUGCCAAAGUAUGGAGGCUUAGGAUAUCCUGGCCUGCUAACAUGCUUAUGGAUCUACCACUAACUAACCCAGUGACUUUAACCCUGUCUCCUCCUGUUUCUGGGACUCAGUUUCCUCAGUAAGCUAGUAAGAAUGCAUUCAUCUUCCUAUGUGAUAAAUGAUAACUAUUGUAACUCAGUCAUUGGUCCAUAGGGAGAUAGGUUCUUGUGAUUUUUUUUUCUGCAUCUUCUCAGGAUAAAUGAAACCUUAUUGGUAUAACAAGAAGAAUCAGCCAGUCAAAGGCAAGGUGACCAAGUUUGACCUCAGUGUGAAUGACCCUUGCAAGUUGUGUGGGAAUGUGAGGCCUUCCUGGGAAGAAUAGGAACAAACUCCCUCACCUCCCUACAACUUGUCUUCAAACUGCACCUGUCAGCACCAGCACUGGCUGGGGUCAGAAAGAGCGUUCCCUGUAGAGAUGAAAACAAAAGGACGUUUCAGAUAAUAGGAAUGAGAAGUGGAAAUUGAAUCCAAACCAUCGUAGGGAGAAACUGAUUGGGGGGUCAGCCCUGUGUCCUUUGCCCUCUUAAUUUUGAAGCCCGCUCAUUACCAUGUCUCAUAUGCAUUUGGCAUGACAAAAAUCAAAAAUUUUGAAGAUCUGAGAAUAAAACACUUACCAAAAAAAUCAGAUUAAAGACCCUCAGAGGGAAAUUAUUUAGAUUAUACUUCACAAGCAACUGUGAGACAAUGUGUGCCGAAAUGGAAUUCCUUCUAAAUAGUUUUCCUUGUUCCCAUUUGAAAAGAGAACCUUCCACUUCGAAUUUGGAGCUUUUAUGAACAUCCCAUUUAGACACUGAACACCACUUUGCAGUCUGAAUGCUGCUCCCUGCCCAUGUGCCUUGGAGAACUCACAGAAGCAUGCCUUAAUCAAAAGAAAUUUUGCCAGUUCUUGGACCUGAUGGGAGAAGGCAGGAAUACUAGUCCGUUGAAAGCAAAAAGCCAUGGUAUCUCUUAUAUUUUUUAGAACAGCCAUUACCCCACCUUUCCACCUUAAAUUGUGAAGAGCAAACCUCCAUUUCCUCUUACGUUCUGCUGCUUCUGUGUAAAUAGAGCAGCUGUCAUCUGCACCGUAGGGACACAUGAUCUGAGGACCAUUCUUGGAAAGCUGCUAAAUAGCCUAGUUUGAAGAAUCUUGCAUAGAGCUUUGCAUGAAGCCAAGAGACAGGAUUAAAUCAGUUUGAUUUCCUUCAGCCCUCUAAGAACAUGUAAGGCUUAGACUGCAAGCUUCCUGGGCUGUAUGUGUGUGGUUUUAUAAACACUGCAGUAUCUGUGAAGAUCCAGUGUCCAUGGAAACCUUUCCACAAGCCAUGACUAGAUUCUGUCACUGUGUUUGGAAAGCAGGGCUCCUCCACCUGCUAAUCGGCCCUUGUGAACCAGUCUGAAUGUCUUUCCUUUACACCUAUGAUUUAAAUAAGCAAAUUUCAGGAAACAAUUUGAACAGGUUUCUAUUGCCUGUGUGUUUGUGAACAUGUAUUUGUAUUUAGUAUGCUUCCACAUUGCAUUUAACUUGUUUUUGUAAUUCCUGAUUUUUUUGUUACUAUUGAUAAAUAAAGAAAAUAAA